AUGGCAUUCGACACUGCCGGCAAUCUUCGUGCACAUACGAGCCGAGUCCACACCGAGAAGCGAUUCAGCUGCACGGAGUGUUUGGAGCGCCUACAGGAGCAGCACACGGAUCUGAAUCCCGAGAAUGUCACUGAGCAGUCCAUCACAUUUCCUUCGUACGCUCUUCUGCAGGCUCACAUUCGGACUGUUCAUCCCCCCAAGUGUCCGAAGUGCCCCAUCACUUGCUCCACGUCGCGGGAAUUGCGUCGCCACCUUGAAGUCGCUCAUGCGACGUCCCGUUGGAAGAGCGAAAGGUUUUCAAAUGCACCGUUGAUGGGUGAAAAGCGAUUUGCCUGUGGCGAGACCGAUCUUUCUACCUCCAAGAAAGUGGCCGGCUGGGACGGCCAGGGCUGUGGCAAGCGUUACGGGACAAAGCUUGCUCUCGAAGAGCACAUUCGCACAUCUCAUCUGGGUUUCAAGAACUCCAAAGCAGAGCGGCGAGAACGCCUCGGGUUGACGGACAAGCCGGGCAACACUCGUCAGGUCUCCACUCUGGCCGCACUCACCGGUCAGGGCUACGCAGAAGAGACGGGCCGCCGUAUUCCCUGUUUCUACGAGACCUGUGAGCAUCGAUUCCACCGUGACUAUGACCUGUGGGUGCACAUGUCUGCUCGACACGGCUGCUCCGAGGAUCAAGUGCAAGCCUUUUUCAUGCAGCGAGCGCUCCUGUCGGACAAUGCUGGUCCGGGGGGAAAUUCGCUUGGGAUCUAUGGCCUCGAAUUUGAUCAGGGCUUCUCAGGCACGGCACAUACAUCGCUCCCCACGGAGUCGCAUCAUCCGCUGGAUGCGGAGAUGCUGGUGCAUUCCGAAUUUACCUACAAGGCCGACGAUCAUAUGGAGGCGUUGACUGCAAAUCACAGCGGAAUGGACGUUGAAGACCAAGUUCCGACUUUUUCCUACGGAGGGCAGUGA